UUUGCUUUCAUCACCACUGAAUCCAAAAAUGGCCCAUAGAUUGGUUUCUCGCAGUCGGUAUAAGAUACCCAAAUCAAUCUUCCGUUUAACUUUUUUGGUCGAUCUGGGUAUUAUCAGGUUAUCAAGCUGUAAUCUUUCUUCUUAUCAUUCUGCUACUGCAACUAUUGAUCAGAUGAAAGUGUUGGAUCGCUUGAAUCAUAAAGACUGGUUAGCACCCAAUGAAGUCUUAAAAAUUUUCAAGCCCCUUAGGGAUUCUGAAUUGAUUCUUAAUGUCUUGGAGAGAGUAUCCAAACGCAAGGAUUACAAACCCAAUGAAGCACUUUUCACCCUUGUGAUUGAGAAGCUCGCCCAAGCCAAGAAAUUUGAUGCCAUCGAAGAAGUGUUUAAGAGGAUUAAAAGAGAAAGGGGUUGUAGGCUCUCCGAUGAUUUCUUCUUUGGUGUGAUCAAAAUAUACGGAAACAUGGCCGGUUAUAUCGAUAAAGCGAUUCAGACUCUCUUCAGUAUGCCAGAGUUCAAUUGCUGGCCUGAAGUCAGGACCUUCAAUUUCGUUCUUAACAUGCUUGUUUCAGCCAAACAGUUCGAUGUGAUUCAUGAAGUUUACUUGGGUGCCCCUAGAUUGGGUGUGACAAUCGACGCUUGUUGCCUCAACAUUCUGAUCAAAGGUUUGUGUGACUGUGACAAGUUGGAUUCUGCCUUCGCAUUGCUCGAUGAAUUUCCCAAACAGGGUUGCAGGCCUACCGUGAAGACCUACUCGACUUUGAUGCAUAGCCUCUGUGAGCAUGGUAGAGUUGAUGAAGCGUUUGAGUUUUUUGAGAGGAUGGAGAGAGAGGGUUGCUUUCCUGAUACGAUUUCGUUCAAUGUACUGAUCUCAGGGUUGUGUAAGCAGGGGAGAGUGAGCGAAGGAAUGGAGCUUCUGGAGAAAAUGAAGUUUAAGGGUUGUUACCCGAAUUCUGGAUCAUAUCAAACUGUCUUGUAUGGUUUACUUGAUUCUGAGAAAUUUGUUGAGGCUAAGCGUUUCAUUGAAGUGAUGCUUAAUGAGGGUCGGCUCCCGAGUUUUCUUUCUUACAAGUUAGUGAUUCAGGGCCUCUGUGAGGAAAACUUAUUGGAAGAUGUUGAUGUGGUUUUGAGGCAGAUGAUACAUCAGGGAUUUAUCCCGAAGAUGGGGUUGUGGAGGAAGAUCAUUGAGAGUAUAUUUCCUGGGAAGAACAGAAACAUCUGCCUCUCUUACUGUCAAGUUAUUUAUGAGUAGUUAAAUCUGGAAUGUUGCUUCCCUGAUGUGAUUUAUCUGCCAUGAAUUAACGAAGGAGUCUCACUUGGGUGAUUGACAACUAAAUUGUUUCCUGGGAUGGGG